UGUUGAUUUAGAGAUCGUCUUUGGUAUCGAGAGUCUGGAUCCCAAGCCCGCCUUGGAUCCCGAUUCAGAUGCUAGCUUGGGUCACAUUAUGGAUCCCGAUUUGGGAACUGGCUUGGAUGAAGAGGGGCUCACGUCAUGA